CUCUCUCUACGCCGAAACCUAGUGAAUUAGGGUUUCCGUUCAUUUCGCACCUCAAAUCUAAACUCCAGUCUCUUUCUCUCUCUACAUCUUGAAAUUAUUCAGCAUCUUCUUGAGAAGAUCUAUCUGGUGAUAUCAGUUUCUGAACCGGAGAAGGCCGAUCGGGUUUUGCGGUCGCGGUCUGAUAAAAGAAUGGAAGAUAAAGAGGGAAGCAAUUCAAAAAAACCUAUAAUGAUAGGCACACCAUCUCCAUCUCCAUCGCGGAUACAAUCGCCGAUUAAGAUCGAAGCAAUACAAAUUGACCUUUCUGGUUAUCCUACACUCGAGCAAAACAAGAGUUCUCGAUGCAGCUGUAACCAUAAUUUCUCCAUCCGUGGAUAUACUGCUGAAAUGCGAAAGAAGAACAUCAAUGCAUGCUUCCCAUUUCCACUAAUGGUUGGAGAUCAGUCAAGAAACAGAUUGCCUCCUUUAGAGGUUCCUGAUUUCAGAUAUUGGAAAUGUCAGCAUUGUGUUAACGAGAUUAACAAAUUAGCAAGUGUUGCUGCAUCAUCCAAUAUUGGUGGAGAUAUUGGUAAGAAGGAUUUACAGCUGCCCGGAAUUAUGGAGACAGGAUUAGGAGGAAUAUCAUCAGUUAAUGGUAUGAAUCCUUUGAUCAAUUUAGAUGGUGUUGAGAAUCUUGGAGUUCCUUGCAGACCUCCUACAAUAUUAAGGCCUACUAGUGGUAUUCUUGAUCAUUCUCCAUCUAGCCAGUUGAAUGUAAACCGGGCUGAUCAAUAUCAGAAUCGUCAUUUGAAUGAAAAGAGACUUGGAGAUCAGGCUGCUGGAUGUUCUUUGUCUUCCCUAAUCGGUAAUAACGAAAUUUCUGGGUUUAAUUCAAGAGCUAGUUAUGAGAAAGCUGUACUUGGAUCAAGAUCAAGAUUGCCAAACUUCAGAACUACUGGUUCAAGUACUUUCGGUCUUAUUGAUAACAAUAAGCAAAUACUGCAGAAGAAAUCAGAUAAUGGAGCUGGAAGUUCCAAUUCUACCAAAACUGGAGAAACUGGCAUAAGAGCGAUGAACACGGGUCAGGAGAUCAAUCGGUCUGUGUUCUUGGGUGGCAAAGAUUUAAGACCGGGCAGUUCUAGGCAAACUGAAAUGAGGAACUUGCCUCCUCAACUGACCAACCAAAUUCAGAACAGAUUGACGAAGAUGAAUCGUGAAAUUGAAGUUCCUUUGAACUUGAAUAGAACUGGAUGGUCUUCUUACACUUCUCUCCUAAUGGGAAUAGAUCAGGAGAGAACUGUACUGGAAAAUCCUCAGAUGCCAAGAUUGGCUGAAGAAGGAGUUGGAAAUAAUAAUAAUAAUAAGAGGAAGCGGAUUAUUACAGAUCAUGAUUACAGUCAGAAAACGCGAUCACUGACUGAGCUGAUGAUGGAUUCAGAAAGAAAAGCCCAAGCCCGAGAUGUCCAUGUCAAAGAUUCUGGAAAUGCUGCUAUUAGUGUUGAUUCUAUCUCGAUUUCCAGUUCUUCAUCUAAAGAAUCAGAAGCUCGUAAGAAUCUCCUGGGCUUGGCAACUGAGUUUCGAACACCGCCUCGGGGAAGAAAGAACUUACUUUGUGAUCUCAAUGAAGAAAUCCCACCAUAUUUCGAGAUGCCUAUUUCAAACCAUCAGGAUCAACCUCUCUUGGAACUAUCUUCUGGUGGUGGUGGUGGAUUGUCGAUGAACGAUCAACAAGUGAUAGCAACAGAUGAAUAUACAACUAAUCAUAUAAUCGAGCUUCUUGCAAAAAAUCUAUACAAAAGACGACAGAAUGUUGCAGAAAGGACUUCUCCAAUAUUGGCUGCAGGAAGGAAUUCUGGAAACUAUCAAGUUAAUCAAGCAGUUGUAGCUGCUUCAGCCAAUCUCUACACAAACCAUUACAACAUCGGGCAACUCGCGAAGAACACAGAGAUUAGUAAUUUCUCAAAGCAUCAAGUUGUAGAAUCCGGGCAGCCUUCAAGUCCAAAGAUUAACAUUGAAAAUUGGAUCAAUCCGAGCAGCAGCAGCAACAACAACAACAACAAUGUCGGGGAAAAGGAGAUAAGUAUUCCUCCUCCAAAGAAGGUUGAAAAAACAAAUAGUCUAUCACUUUUCGAGAAAUAUACAGAGAAUCCAUGGAUAGGUAAGCGGUUCAAAAUCAUCGAUCUUAACAAAGAAGCAACAGAUCCAAAUGAAGCCAUACCGGCUAUGCAACUUCUCAGCCUGAAGAACGCCACAGGAUUUAAAUUCAACUCUGGUUUUACCUUCGGUUCUUGCUCUUCUCAAAAAACCUGGGGAUCAUCUUCUCCAACCGAACCUGAACCUGCUAUUGCUACUCCUACUAUCAAGUUUGGUCCUGCUUAUCUUAAUACGGGGAAGAAGGAAACCAUAACACCUUUUGAAAACGCAUUAGUUCCAUUAGUUCAUGAACCGGAAACCAUAACUCCUAUUCAAAUCGAAUUAGGUCAUGAACCAAGUCAAACAAACGGUCAAGCUUCUAUUUUGAAUUCUGAAAAGGCGAAACCUAGAAACAAAAAGCCAUUGAAGGAACGUUGCAGUAGUAGUAACGAGGGUUUAACAAAAUCGAACCGAUCCAAGCAUGGUCCUUCAAGGAGUAUAAGCAUCAAUGACUUCUGCAGCAUCAAUAGAAACCCAGCCGAGUUUACUGUCCCCGGGGCGAAGAACGAAUACAUGAUCUGUGGUAAGGAUUUGAAAUUCGAAAAGGGAUUUGGAAAGGCGAAAGGGAAGGGAAAGGUCGCGAUUUCUACCAGAGGAAAGCGUUCGCGAUCUCGUGCGAUCGUCGAUGGGAGAAAGAAGAAGAAGAAAGAAGAUGCUCAUCAUUUCAGGUGA